AUGUUAUACAAGUUCAUCAAUGCUAUCACUGGCCAAAAUACCUCUGACAUUGGACAUGGCUUGGAUUCUCAAACUAGUACGAUCAACGAAUACGACUUCCAGCUCCCCAAUGGUUUAGUUGUGACCCUUGCGGACACACCGGGAUUCAAUGAUUAUACUAGCGACGGUGGGGGGAAGUCUGAUCUUGUCAUUUUGAAGGAAAUCGGUGAAUUCCUGAAAAAGAAAUAUGACGAAAAACGCAAAUUCUCUGGCAUCUUGUAUUUGCACAAUAUCUGCGAACCGAAGAUCGGAAGUUCUUUGCAACGUCAAAUGGCUAUGUUCAAGAAGCUUUGUGGAGAUGAUCCUCUGAAAAACGUCGUUGUCGUCACCACUUUCUGGGAUGGGACCGAGUCGCUGGAAGGAGGAAUACAGACUGAAACAGAACUCAAAACAAAGGACAAGUUUUUCAAGGGACUGGUGGAAGGGGGAUCCAAGUUUAUUCGUCACGGAUUAUAUUCUCAAGACGAACAACCUGAGGACCCAGAGUUUCAACAACCGCUCUCUAUUGUCAUCGACCUUCUUUCACUUGACCCCGUUUUUGUUGAGAUGCAGAAGGAGCUUGCUCAGGGAAAGGCGGUAGAAGAGACUUCUGCUGCUGCGGAGCUUUACAGAGAACUUCAGGAGCUUAAACGCCAGCACAAAAGGGACGUGUCCGAGCUGAAUACGAAGAUAGAGGACAUUAAACUCGCGAAUGCGAGGGACAGAGAGUUGAGGGAGACAUUGGAGGAGAAACAACGUAAUCUGACAGCGGAAAUGGCGCAAAACAACUCAGACUUACGGAAUGCCAUGGUUACGUGGAAGAAACAGAUAGAGACAGAUGCCAAGCGACAUUCUCUCGAGCUGGAAGCUAUUCGUCGUAACGAAUUCAAAGGGGAUUUGGAUCUGCUGAAAAUUAUGCACGAAAAGGAGAUCAUGGAGUGUCGAUUUCAAAUCAGAAGUUUAAUGGACGGCGAUUCCACAGCAGACUACAGGAGGGAUCACCUUGAGAAAACAACGGAAGACCUCAAGGCAGUAGUCUGCAGUCUGUCUCUGGCGCUGGAAAAGUCGAGGGAGACACACGAAAAAGAGGUAGUGGAACGAUUGCAAUUUAUGGGGGAAUUUAAAAAGCUCCGCGCCAGCGCAGAACGAUGGGCCGAUGAAGAGAAACGACUUUCACGAGGAUGGGAGGAGGCCCGAUCUGCUCUUGAACGAGUAAAAUCAGAGCUCACAUGUGCACUUUCAAAGCAUGAACAAGUAACGGCGGAGUUGAAAGAUAGCCAAAAGACUGUCGUCAUGGUUAAUUCGCAGCUCAAGGAUGUUCACGCGACGAAAGAAAAGCUAUUGGAGGACCUCGAAGAGGCUCGAUCGAAGGUGACGCAGCUCAACAAGGAGUUAGCUGCCUCUCGAAAAUCACAGGAGGGGCUGGCAUCGAAACUGUCAGGCCAGUCUCAUGUCGACGUGGAGUUGGAAAAUGUCACGUCCGAGUUGGCUUCUUGCAAACGGCAAAAUGUACAAAUGGAAUCUCAGCUUAGCAAGACGAAGUCUGAGUUGGCCGCGGCUUCUUCGAAUUCCUCACUGCUUCAAAAAGCAGAGUCCGACUUGGCUCUUGCCAAAGCGGACCUACUGGUAGCCCGAAAGCAGUUGUCACAAGGAAAGCAUAUUCUGCCGCUCUUGGACGCAUCGCCCAACCUCAAGCUACCUGUCAAUUCUGUUCCGCUUUCCUUCCCAAUCCAACCGUAUCGGUUUAUCAAAAAUGUCGUGGUCAAGUCAUUUACCGGCACGGCUCUGGAAGACGGCUAUGUAACUGAGAUGGGCGGCCAUUCUGCGAAUAUCAACAACGGCUUUGGGGGCGAAGCUGUUUACCUCUACCCUCGAUACACGUUUGACAACAGGGAAGCUAUUUCCAAGUUCUCCCUGCGCCUUCAGGACGAAAGUGAUAAGUCAAAGACCGACUUGGCAAAGGGUUGUCCUAAACCCUUUCGUUAUCUCGAUAGCGACCGCAAUCCGAACUUUGCGAACAUUACCGCUAUCUCUUUACUCCGCAGCAGUUCGUCCCAGAGCGUGCCAGAAGGGUGGGAUGGGAUGUUUGAUUUGAACAAAAGUCGUGGGUCAGAGUUCUUGUAUCUUGUUUGGAGGAGGAUGCCAACAUCCGUCACGACCAUUCUACCACAUCGAUUUGUCAAAGAUAUUGUGGUUGAAUUCUUUUCCACCAAGGAGGCGGUGAAACCUGGGUAUCUUGAAGAGAAAAGCAAUCUUUCUUCGGACAUCAACGAGGGGUUCGGUGGCGACUACCGCGUCUAUCUCUACCCUAAGUAUACUUUGCUUUACGACGAAGCCAUUUCCGGACUCUCCCUGAUUCUCAAAGACAAUCGGGAUUCGUCUAAGACUGACUUAGCCAUCGGUGCUCCCGGAAAAUUCCGUUACCUCGACAUUGAACGUGACUCCGAUAUCGAUGCCACGAAGAUAUGCAAUGUAAUGUUAUUACGCAGUAAACAGCGUGCAGGCUUACCCGAGGGGUGGGAUGGUAUGUUCGAUCUAAAUAGGUCUCGCGGGACUGAGUUUUUGUAUUUGGUCUGGAAGGAAUCGCCAUAG